UAGGCGCCAGGACCACAGGACAGGCACAUUUGUUUUUCAAUGACUUUCUGCCACAGUGCAUUGAGCCAGUGGAAUUAAUUGCAACAGUUCGUGUGUCAUCUGAUUUAAUAUGAUACCGAAGGCUGUUUCUCACGCGUUACGGAACGAAUUGGUGCCAGUUUUCAUUUCGUUUAAUGCAUGGAAGUGUUCAAACUGCAGAGCGCCAUUGGUGCCGAACGGGGCCCGCAGAUACAGUGUGCUACCCCCGACCACUGACAGCGAGGAGAAAGCCAUGUUGGACCGGAUGCUGCGGGUGGACCAUGCAGGCGAGUACGGGGCUAAUCGAAUUUACGCCGGCCAGAUGGCGGUUCUAGGGAGGUCCCAGUCCGGCCCGCUCAUCCAGAGAAUGUGGGACCAAGAGAAGUAUCACCUACAGAAAUUUGACGAGAUUCUGGCAGAAAACCGAGUUCGACCAACAGUGUUGCUGCCCUUAUGGAACAUAGCCGGGUUUGCACUAGGCGCGUCCUCCGCCCUGCUGGGGAAGGCGGGAGCGAUGGCCUGCACGGUGGCGGUGGAGGAGAGCAUCUCCGAGCACUACAACAGCCAGAUCCGGGCCCUGAUGGAGGCCGACCCGGACCGUUACGAGGAGCUGCUGCAGUUGAUUAAACAAUUCCGUGAUGAUGAGAUUGAGCAUCACGACACUGGGCUGGAGCAUGACGCUGAAUCGGCCCCGGCGUACGGACUGCUGAAGACCGUGAUUCAGAUGGGCUGCAGAGCAGCUAUAUACGCCUCAAAGCGCAUUUAGAGGAACAGCGAAAGUUUCUUUUUUUAAAAACUACAGGUGGAGUUCGCUUUUUUUGUCUUUCUGACAUAUUCUGGUCGUGUUUGAACUGUAAAUACCCCUUGGUCGGUGCGGGUGAAGGGGUAAUCAGACUGCUGUUCUGGGAUCUGAAUGAUCCUCCCCUAAAAAAACACUUGGGGUCACUGGAAGUACUGCCUUUGCUCGUACUGUCUGGAUAUUCUAUUUUUUAUGUGAAAAAAUAAAAAUAUAUUAUUGUCAUGCAUCAAUAAAUAUUUUUGACAAAACA